UUCCCGAGGCCUCCGGGGCUGAACCGGGGCUUUGAGGGCCUUUAACGGGGGAGAGCCCUCCCGGUGCUCCGGUUUUGGUUCUUUCUCGCUGGAAUUCGGGGCCGAUUUCAACCGAAAUCGCGGCAAAAUCGGAAUUUUUUUUGUUUAUUUUUAAUCUUUAUUUUGUUUAUUUAACAGCGCUUUUCCCGGUUUGUUUUUUUUUUUGUGUUUUUUUUUUUUCCGGGAUUUCGGCUCCUCCCGUAGCUCAGAAAAUCCCGGGAUUUGCGGCGCAGCAGGGAACGGGAUGAAAUUCCAAGGAUUUCUUCAACCCGGAGAAUUGAUUUUUGUUUUUUUAUUGCGGUUUUUGUUUUGAUCGAAACAAAAAUCCGCGAUCCAGGGAAUUCCUGCAAUGUCCGCCCUGGAACCGGGAACGACUUAAAGGCAACGCCGCGCUUUGGCUUUUCUUCGCUAAAUUAUUAAUUAGGAAAUUAAAAAAUAAUUUUAAAAAGGUUUUUUUUGGUGGGGGAAAUUCCGGUAAAGACUGAGAGCGCUCCAGGCAUCGCUGGAACUUUGGGGAUUUUUUAUUUUUAUUUUUCAUCAUCACCCGCCACGACCUGCUGCCCUAUGUCAGCCUCAAGAGGCGGCGCCCCGUGUGCCCAGACCUGGUGGACAAGUACCUGGAGGAGACGUCCAUCCACAUCCGCCUGCGCGUGCGUGCCGAGUACUGCCAGCACGACUCCGCCCUGCACGGCAACGUCUUCUCCAACAAGCAGGACCCUCUGGAGCGCCAAUUCGAGCGCUUCAACCAGGCCAACACCAUCCUGAAAUCGCGCGAUUUGGGCUCCAUCAUCUGCGACAUCAAAUUCUCGGAGCUCACCUACCUCGACGCCUUCUGGCGGGAUUACAUCAACGGCUCCCUCCUGGAGGCCCUCAAGGGCGUUUUCAUCACGGACUCGCUCAAACAGGCCGUGGGCCACGAGGCCAUCAAGCUGCUGGUCAACGUGGACGAGGAGGAUUACGAGUUGGGUCGCCAGAAACUCCUCAGGAACUUGAUGCUCCACACGGCUCCUUGAGGGAUUCACCUCCCCCCAGCCCUGUCCCCCAGUUUGGGUUUUUUUUUGGGAUUUUAUUUUUUGGGGAUUUUUCCUGGUUUUUGAUUUUUCCUCCCGGUCCCCGGUUCUUCGGCGGAGUUUCGCUCGUGGAUUUGGGGAGGGUUGGGGGAUUCUGGGGUUUGGAGGUUUUUUGGGGGGGGGUUCCUGAUGGGUUCUCCUUGUGUUUUCCAUGGGGUUUUCCCCCCUUUUCCUGGUUUUUUCUUUUGUAUCCAUUAAAAAUGGUGAUGAAAAGGCAAAAAUCCCAUUGGUGCGACAUGCUGGGAUUUGGGGUGUGGAAUAUUCCAGAAUUCCUCACUUUGCUCUGUCAGUUCCUUCUUCUCUUUUUUGUUUUUCCGUGUUUUCUCCCUAUUUUAAUUUCUUUUCUCCCUAUUUCCUUUCUGGUUUU